AUGGCCCCCACAACUUUGGAGCGUGAAGAUCUUGCUCGCGAUGCAGCCUUCAAUAAGGCUCUUCACGGCAAUUCGGCCAAGGCGGAGGGUGGUCUCGCUGCUAUGCGUAGGAAAGAUACCGUGGCCCAGAAGGUUGCUAUGGACGAAUACUUCAAGCACUGGGACAAGAGAGACAUUGCUGAUGAGACCGAUGCGAUUCGCGAGUCUCGUCGAGCAGAAUAUGCCACCCUUACUCGACACUACUAUAACCUUGCCACGGACUUCUAUGAGUACGGAUGGGGUUCCUCAUUCCACUUCUGUCGCUUCACCAAGGGUGAACCCUUCUUACAGGCUAUCGCCCGCCAUGAGCACUUCCUCGCCUUGCAGAUAGGUAUCAAGAAGGGGAUGCGGGUCUUGGAUGUGGGGUGCGGUGUUGGUGGCCCUGCUCGCGAGAUGGUCAAAUUUACCGACGCCCAUGUGGUUGGGUUGAACAACAACGAUUACCAGAUCGACCGAGCAACCAACUAUGCAGAAAUGCAUGGCCUGUCAGACAAGUUGAGCUUCGUCAAGGGUGACUUUAUGCAAAUGAAGUUUCCUGACAACAGCUUUGAUGCGGUAUAUGCUAUUGAAGCUACCGUCCACGCUCCCGAGCUGGAAGGAGUGUAUAAGGAGAUCUUCCGUGUCUUGAAGCCUGGCGGAGUGUUUGGUGUCUACGAAUGGCUCAUGACAGACAACUACGAUAAUGACAACUCCGAACAUCGCCGUAUUCGCCUUGGCAUUGAGCAGGGUGAUGGCAUCGCCAACAUGGUCAAGAUUUCGGAGGGCCUAGCUGCCUUUCAAAACGCCGGCUUCGAAAUGAUGCAUCACGAGGAUCUGGCCACGCGCCAGGACCCUAUCCCUUGGUACUUCCCACUCGCGGGGUCCUUCAAGCAUAUGAGCUCUAUAUGGGAUUUUCUAACCAUCGCUCGCAUGACUUGGUGGGGUCGUGGCAUUGCCCAUCGCUUCUUCGGCGCUGGUGAGACCGUUGGUAUUUUGCCCAAGGGGUCGCAGAAGACCGCUGACAGUAUGGCACUGGCGGGUGAUUGUCUUGUUGAGGGUGCCAUGAAAAAAUUGUUUACGCCAAUGUACCUUAUGGUCGGGCAGAAGCCCAAGUCAAUUGGUGCAUGA